AUGGCGUCUGAUCAUUCCACCACGGAUAUCGCUGACCCCGAUGCUCAGCCGGCGCCAGAGAGCCAGAAGGAGUUUGACGGCAAGGGAGGCAAUCCGGCGUCGCAUGGAAAAGCCCCGGAUGGCGGAUUGGCUGCGUGGCUGAUGGUCCUCGGUGGUUUCUGUGUCAUGUUCUCGUCGUUUGGCUGGAUCAACAGCAUUGGCACCUUUCAAGCGUUCUAUCAGCGAGACCUGCUCCGCGAGUACUCGCCGAGCGCGAUCGCUUGGAUCCCCUCGCUGCAGAUUUUCUUCAUGUACGCCAUGUCCCCAGUUGUCGGUCGACUUCAGGACCAGUACGGGCCAAGAUACCUGGUCAUUGUCGGAUCGUUCCUCCACGUCUUCGGACUGAUGAUGACGUCCAUCUCCACCAAGUAUUAUCAGAUCCUGCUCUCACAGGGCGUGUGCAGUGCCAUUGGCGUGUCCGUCAUCUUCCAGCCGGCCGUCAGUUCCCUUCCGAGCUGGUUCGACAAGAAACGCGGUGCUGCCUACGGACUCAUGUCGAUCGGGUCUUCGAUUGGCGGCAUUAUCUUUCCCAUCAUGAUGAACAGGCUGAUUGACGAGGUCGGCUUCGGAUGGGCGAUGCGGAUUGCCGCCUUCAUGAUCCUCUUCCUCUUGGCCAUCAGCUGCCUGACGAUCCGGUCCCGCGUCCCGCCCUCGCCUCGUCCGCUCUCGCGGGACGCCCUGGCGCAGCCGUUCCGAGACGUGAAGAUGAUUUUGCUCACCGUCGGGUUCGUGCUGCUGACGUUUGGCGUCUUCAUCCCCAUUGACUACUUGGUCGUCGAGGCCAUCACCGAGGGGAUGAAGCCGGACCUCGCUCAGUAUCUGAUUGCAAUGCUAAACGCUGGGAGCAUCUUCGGCCGUGGCAGCGCCGGCUUCUUGGCGGACCGCUUCGGCACCUACAAUAUUUUCACUCUUGUCUGCUACCUCGCCGGCAUCUUGAUUCUCGCCCUCUGGAUUCCGGCCACCAGCAACGCAGCCAUUGUCGUCUUCGCCAUCCUGUUUGGCUUCUCCUCCGGCGCCUACGUCGCCUUGUCCGCCGCGCUCGUCGCCGCCAUCUCGCCGUUCCCCCAGAUCGGAUACCGCAUCGGGCUGAUCUUCCUCAGCUCGUCUGUCAGUGGUCUGACCACGAAUCCUAUUGCCGGCGCCAUUCUGGAUCACGACAACGGGUCAUAUGUGGGCAUGAAAGUCUUCGCCGGCGUCCUUCUGAUCGCCGGAACCACCCUGGUGUUUGGGGCCCGACUCUACCAGACCGGACCGAAACUCCUGGCCAAGUUCUGA